UCAGGGUGGAUGGGAGGGAUGUUGCAGCCGAGGCUCCAGUGCCUCUGCUGUCGUGCCGAGUGUUUGUUUGAGGACGUUUGGCUGCUGCUGCUCACAGGGAACCAGACACCAGCUCCCCUCCACAUCCUGAUCGCUUUGCUCUCCUUUGAUCCGGCAAACAGGGAUGUUACAUGGACUACAGCGGCAGCAGGAAUAGCCAGAGGUCAGAGGCGGUGUUUUUUGUUGCAGACCUGCUGAAAAACCCUCGUGCCAUCUCCAAAUCAUGAGGAAUAUUCAUUUUGUGUGACAGACAAUCGCCAAACAUCCUUAUUCUUUUUCUAAAUCCAACUCAAUAUUUGGAGUUCCUCAGCAAUAAUCAGGACAACUUCUGGCUGCAGAUAAACACUUGAAAAACCCUGUUUGAUUGAACAUUUUCAUCAUUUCCCGCCUCCUCCACUGCUCAUAUUGCCUGGGGUAAUUUGAGCUCUCCAACUGUGGGCUUGCAAGGUGAUUCUUUUUUUAAAAGGCGGAGAUGACAUCCCAAAAUCUUUUCGUCUCAGCCUCGAUACACAACUUGACCGAAGGAUAACCAUCAGUCCUCUGAGGGACACUUUUGGACCGACACACUUUCAGACACAGAGCCUCAGAGGCAGGCAGGAUGGGGGACAGCUGGGUGUGUCUGAGCCCGGCCGAGUUCACCCAGCUGCAGAAAUACAGCGAGUACUCCACUAAGAAGCUGAAGGAUAUGCUGGAAGAGUUUCACGGGGAAGGAGUUCUGUCCAAAUACAAUCCAGAGCAGCCCAUUGAUUAUGAGGGUUUCCAGCUCUUCAUGGCCACAUACCUGGAGAACGACAUCCCAGAGGAGCUGUGUCAGCACCUCUUCACCUCCUUCAAGAGCAAGACCGGAGGAGGCUCCCCCGAUCACUCCCGAGCAGGAACCAGUUUACUGGACGCCCGCUCCAUUGACGCAGGCAUCUCCAUUCAGACUGAAGUGGCCUGUGCCCCCAUCACAGGGAUGAAUGGUAAGAGCAUCCUGUCAGCGAUGGGUCGUCACACCCCCGAUCACUCUGCAGUGAUGACCACAGCGAGCUCCACCUCCCCCUGUUCCUCUCGCUCCUCCUCUCAGCGCUCAGGGAAGGGGGCCCAAACACCGGGGGGGCCCCAUCGGUCCCCCUGCUCCCAGGUCAGAUCCUCAGAGGCCGGCUGCAACGCCCUGACCCCCAACUCUGGUCCUGCCCGGGCCCCUGCCUCCCCCAAACUCUCCCCAGAGAGGAGUCGCUCUGAGAAGCAUCUGUCGCUGCGGAGGAGCCCAUCGCCCCAGAAGGGAACCCCCCUGCCGGCGCCCCAGGUGGUUUUCCUGAAGGACAUUGUCUGCUACCUGUCGCUGCUGGAGAGGGGGACGCCGGAGGACAAGCUGGAGUUCAUGUUCAGGCUGUACGACACAGACGGCAACGGGGUGCUGGACAGCUCGGAGCUGGACCGCAUCAUAAAUCAGAUGGUGCACGUGGCAGAGUAUCUGGAGUGGGAUUCAACUGAGCUGCGACCGAUACUGAAGGAGAUGAUGGAGGAGAUUGACUACGACGGAGAUGGGACGGUGACUCUGGAGGAGUGGAUCAGAGGAGGCCUCACCACCAUCCCUCUGCUGGUGCUGCUGGGCAUGGAGACGAACGUACAGGAAGACGGCCAGCAUGUUUGGCGUCUGAAGCACUUCAACAAACCGGCGUACUGUAACUACUGCCACACCAUGCUGCUGGGGGUCCGCAAACAGGGCCUCUGCUGCUCCUUAUGCAAGUACACGGUGCACGAGCGCUGUGUGUCCAAAGACAUCGCCGCCUGCAUCAGCACCUACGCCAAGUCCCGCAGACACACCAACGCGAUGCAGCACGUGUGGAUGGAGGGGAACUCUCCCACUAAGUGUGACCGCUGUCACCGCAGCAUCAAGUGUUACCAGGGCCUGACCGGGCUGCACUGUGUGUGGUGUCAGAUCACUCUCCAUAAUAAAUGUGCAUCUAACGUGAAGCCGGAGUGUGAUGGCGGCUCUCUGAGGGACCACACACUGCUGCCCUCCUACAUCUGCCCUGUGGUGCUGGACCGUCAUUCUGUGGUGAAGCGUGGGGAGGGGGACUCGCCCCCCAGCACCAGCCCCGACGACAUCAACCAGACGUUUAAAUUCUCCCCCGGAGACGGACAGGCUCUGCAGAUCACUCCUCUCCCAGGGACUCACCCCCUCCUCGUCCUCGUCAACCCCAAGAGUGGAGGCAGGCAGGGCGAGCGAGUACUGAGGAAGUUCAGGUACCUUCUAAACCCCCGGCAGGUGUACAGUUUGGAGCAAGGGGGACCAAUGGUAGGGCUCAACUUCUUCCACGAUGUCCCUGAUUUCCGGGUGCUUGCUUGUGGAGGAGACGGCACUGUGGGCUGGAUCCUGGACUGUAUAGAUAAGGCCAACUUAACACGGCCCCCUUCAGUGGCCAUCCUCCCUCUGGGCACCGGGAACGACCUCGCUCGCUGCCUACGCUGGGGAGGAGGUUACGAGGGCGGCAGCCUUCUGAAGUUCCUCCGGGACAUCGAGCAUAGCGCGGAGGUGGUGCUCGACCGCUGGAACAUCGACAUCGUCCCCGAUGACAAGGAGGAAAAAGGAGACCCCGUUCCCUACAGCAUCGUCAACAACUACUUCUCUAUUGGAGUGGAUGCCUCCAUCGCCCAUCGCUUUCAUCUGAUGCGGGAAAAGCACCCUGAGAAGUUCAACAGCAGAAUGAAGAACAAGCUCUGGUACUUUGAGUUCGGCACCACUGAGACCAUAUCGGCCACCUGCAAGAAACUCAACGAAUGCAUAGAAGUGGAGUGCGACGGUAUCAUCUUGGACCUCAGCAACACCUCCUUGGAGGGCAUAGCUGUGCUCAACAUUCCCAGCAUGCACGGCGGCUCCAACCUGUGGGGCGAGUCGAAGAAGAGGAGGAACUACAACCGCAUGAGCAAGAAAGUUCCCGACCGGAUGCCAGCCAGCACCGUCACGGACGCAAAAGAACUCAAAUUCUGCAUGCAAGACUUCAGUGACCAACUGCUGGAGGUGGUUGGUCUGGAGGGGGCGAUCGAGAUGGGACAGAUCUACACCGGACUGAAGAGUGCCGGACGCAGACUCGCUCAGUGUGCCAACGUCACCAUCAGGACGUCCCGGCGGCUGCCCAUGCAGAUUGAUGGCGAGCCCUGGAUACAGACCCCCUGCACGAUCAAGAUCACCCACAUGAACCAGGUCCCCAUUCUGCUGGGCCCUCCUCAGAAGACGCCGUUCUUCUUCUUCAAGAAACGCAACCACAGCCGCGACUAGGACACACACACACACACACACACACAAACACACA